AUGCUGUUGACGAUGGAUCAUGGCCUAAAUGAAACAUCGUGGGCUGGCUGGCUGCAUCUGAUGUCAGCCAGUACAUUCCAGAGUGCGGCCAGGGAGUUGUUGGAGUGGUGUAGUGAUGUCAGGGCCUUCCAAUGGCAGUUCGAACACUGUCUGCUCGCCUGCCUCACUGUUGUCAGUCAGUUUUGCACGCAGCCUGGCUUCGACCUCGAUCUUGGCUACAGAUUGCUGGCUCAGCAGCAGCUCAACACACCUCCCCUCCUAUUUGGACCAGCAUGGAGCCAGCAGCAGAGCACAUCAACAGAGCAAUCCAUCUACCACAGAUCUAUCGCUACAUCUGGAACCUACCAAAAUAGAAUCAACACAGUAUACAACAACAUCAACAACAACAUAAUUAUCAACAACAAUACAAACAACAUCAACAACAAAAAUAGCAGCAAUAACAGCAACGUAAACAGCAGCAGCGCAAACAACAAAGAUACUACAUCAUCUAUAAAUGAUCAAAAAACGUCGGCGUUCAAUCAUGCGAGCAGCACCAUCAACAACAACAUCAGCAACAACAUCAGCAACAACAUCAGCAACAACAUCAACAACAACAUCAACAACAACAUCAACAACAACAUCAACACAACCACUUUUGCAUCAACAUUUACUGUGAGCUCAACAAUCGCUGCAACCACAAUCAGCGACAAUAAUAACCUCAGAAGUGAAAUAAACAACGACAACUCGCCAAUUCAUUCCAAAAAUAAUCACUCAAACAUUCAAGACAACGUCAAAAAUAGCAUUGCAAACGAAGGCACACAGCAGCAAAAUAAAUCGACUGCGAAUUUCACGCCAAAUGUUUCCAGCAUUAACUACCUCAACAGUAGCAUCAACGAAAACAACAACAGCAACAACAGCAGCAACAACAACGAUGAUAAAACCACUGGCGAUAAUGACUUCAUUAAAGAUGAUUUUCACGAAUAUUCACCAGGCAACAGCAGCCAAAACACCAGCAACAACGAAAUUAACAAAGAAACGUUAAAUGCAAACCAUCAAAAUAAAAGCCAAUAUGCUUCAUUACCAAAUAGACAGCAACAAACACAAUUUAACAACAACAUUAAAACAAGUCAAGCUGAUGAAUCCGAGGUAAAAAAUAUUUCAUGUCAAGAAAUUUGA